AUGGCGAGAGCCUGUCUCGGCCUCACCACCCCUCUCUCCUCCUCCCUCCGCCACGCUACUCAUCACCCUUUCACUUUUUGUACGCCCUCCCAUUUUCUUAGUUCCAUCGCUGCUACUGCAGUUCCCCAAUCCUCCUCCCUCAGCUUCCACACCUCACUCGAAGUCGUCGGUGGCGCCGUGGACAAAUUCCUGCCCGCAUUCAAAACCCUUCAUCUUCCUUACGUUCCUUACCCCUUGAUAGCCUGGAAUCGCCACGUGGAGACCAUUUUCGCCGCAUUUUUCCGGUCACUCCCUGAGGUCAAGUUCCGGCGUGAGUGUCUCCGCACUAGGGACGACGGUGCCGUCUCUCUCGACUGGGUCUCCGGAGACGACCGGAAAUUGCCGUCGGAUGCUCCCCUUCUCAUUUUGCUUCCAGGUUUGAGUGGUGGUAGUGGGGACACGUACGUGAGACAUAUGUUGUUGCAGGCUAGGGGUAAAGGAUGGCGGGUGGUGGUGUUUAAUAGCAGAGGUUGUGGGGACAGCCCUGUGACCACAGCUCAGUUGUAUUCAGCUUCAUUCUUAGGAGAUAUAUCUGAGGUAGUGAAUCAUGUUGGUAACUGUUACCCAAAUGCAAAUUUAUAUGCUAUUGGCUGGUCUCUUGGAGCUAAUAUUCUUGUUCGAUACCUGGGUCAGGAAUCUUUCACUUGCCCUCUUGCUGGUGCCAUAUCUUUAUGCAAUCCAUUUAAUUUGGUAAUUGCAGAUGAAGAUUUUCGUAAAGGCUUUAACAUUGUUUAUGACAAAGCUCUGGCUAAUGCUCUUUGCAAAAUCUUCAGGAGACAUGGUCUUCUUUUUGAGGAUAUUGGAGGUGAAUUCAAUAUUCCUCUUGCUGCUAAUGCCAAAUCUGUGAGAGAAUUCGACGAGGGGCUAACCCGAGUUUCAUUUGGAUUUCAAUCUGUGGAUGAAUACUACUCAAAGUCGAGCAGUUCAGAUUUUGUUAGGAAUGUCACCAUUCCUCUGCUUUGCAUUCAGGCAAGUAUAGUUUAUCUUGGAAAUAGUGUAGUUUAUGAUUCAUGUGAUAAAAAAGGCAUAUCUGUUGUUGGUUUACUUUUGUUUAUAAUAAAUAAUAAUCUGUGUCAGGCUGAAAAUGAUCCGAUUGCACCAUCUCGGGGAAUUCCUCGUGAAGACAUAGAGGUUUACCACAACCCUCAAUAUAUCCUCCAAGUACUGGAUCGUACGCUUCGACUGACCAUCUAUGUGGGGGUGAAAGGCUGUACUGAACUCCAACCUCGUCCCCAUGGCUCGGUGCAACGUCCUCCAGAACUGGGAUGUGAACUUGUCAUCUCGAUCCAAAACAAUCUCCACGGGCACUCCAUGAAGCUUAACAAUGACCUUGACGAACAAUUCGGCGUAAUCACUCGCCUUCAUGGUCGUCCGGACUGGAAGAAAAUGGGCAGACUUCGUAAGGCGAUCCACUAUCACCCAAAUCGAAUCAUACCCGCCACUCGACUUCGGCAUUCAGUAUAUUCAGAGAUGACUCUAGAAUUUAGUAUCUUCCGAUAUGACUCUAGAGUUCCUCAGGAUUCAGGUCAGUAUUUAUCGGCCAUUUUUGGCAACUCGUCAAGAGAUUUGUGUGCGUUAGUAAUCAGUCAGAAUAUUAUCACGUGUUCAAUAAUGUUGAACUUUCUCAAUGUUCAGAUGCCGCCCCGUAGGGAACCCGAUCACCCGGGUCCUACUCAGGCCACAGUAGUCGCACAGUUCCGCGACUAUCAUGUUGAAAAAUUCUCAGGGCAGGGAGAUCCCCGCAUCGUAGACGAAUGGAUUCAGGGCCUUGAGUUUAUCUUCGAGGUCAUAGAUUGUCCUGAUAGAUAUCGC